CCGUGCCCAGCGGCUCCGCGACCCAGGCAUCCUCUGCCUUCUCCCCGCUCCCACCAAGAAUCGCGCUCCCCGCGCCCGCUUAGCAGCCCUCGCCGCGCCGGGACCCUCGGGCGCCGCCGCUGAAAAGCGCUUGAAGCCGAGCCAACAUGCCCAUCACUCGGAUGCGCAUGAGACCCUGGCUAGAGAUGCAGAUUAAUUCCAACCAAAUCCCAGGGCUGAUCUGGAUUAAUAAAGAGGAGAAGAUCUUCCAGAUCCCAUGGAAGCACGCUGCCAAGCAUGGCUGGGACAUCAACAAGGAUGCCUGUCUGUUUCGGAGCUGGGCCAUUCACACAGGCCGAUACAAAGUAGGGGAAAAGGAGCCGGAUCCCAAGACAUGGAAGGCCAACUUUCGCUGUGCCAUGAACUCCCUGCCAGAUAUCGAGGAGGUGAAGGACCAGAGCAGGAACAAGGGCAGUUCAGCUGUGCGGGUGUACCGGAUGCUCCCACCCCUCACCAAGAACCAGAGGAAAGAGAGAAAGUCCAAGUCCAGCCGAGAUGCUAAGAGCAAGGCCAAGAAAAAGUCAUGUGGGGAAUCCAGCCCUGAUACCUUCUCUGAUGGACUCAGCAGCUCCACCCUGCCUGAUGACCACAGCAGCUACACAACUCAGGGCUACAUGGGGCAGGACUUGGACGUUGAACGGGCCCUUACUCCAGCACUGUCACCGUGUGCCGUCAGUAGCACCCUCCCCGACUGGCGCAUUCCAGUGGAAAUUGUGCCAGACAGCACCAGUGACCUGUACAACUUUCAGGUGUCGCCCAUGCCCUCCACCUCUGAAGCUGCAACAGAUGAGGAUGAGGAAGGGAAGUUAACUGAGGACAUCAUGAAGCUCUUGGAGCAGUCAGGGUGGCAGCAGACAAGCGUGGAUGGGAAGGGGUACCUGCUCAAUGAACCUGGGGCCCAGCCCACCUCUGUCUAUGGAGACUUCAGCUGCAAAGAGGAGCCAGAAGUUGACAGCCCUGGGGGGUAUAUUGGGCUGAUAUCUUCAGAUCUGAAGAACAUGGACACCAGCUGGCUGGACAGCCUGCUGCCCCCAGUCAGGCUGCCCUCCAUCCAGGCCAUUCCUUGUGUACCAUAGGUGGGCCCCUGGCCCCCUUUUACUUCUCUAGGCAAGCAGGACCUGGCAUCAUGGCGGCUGUGGUGCAGAGAAGCAGGAAUCCUGUGGCCCCUUGAUACGAUAAAGUGUAACCCCACUGCUGACCAGGGAUGGGGCUUUCCUCCUUGGGACAGUGGCCUCUGGGGGUCCGGCAGGCCAGGGUCUGGGCUUGUCUUGUGGGGUAAAGCUGGCCCUGCCUCCUGGGAAGAUGGCGUUCUGAGACUGGUGUGUCAGGCGGAGGUCUCAGACGGGAGUCAGCCUCCAGCUUUUCCCUCUGAGCCCAGCUGCCUGGAGAGGGUCUUGCUGUCACUGAGCUGGUCCAAGGGAACGGACCAGUGACCUCAGAAAGCACAGCACCAACUCCAGGGCUGGCUCUGCACUAAGAGACAAUUGCACUAAGUGAAUCCUGUUCCCAAAGAACCACCUCCCUUCCUAGCUGAGCCCUGGGGACUGUUCCAAAGCCAGUGAAAUGUGAAGGAAGAAUGGGGUCCUGUGGGGACAGUGCCCCCUCUGCCUCAGAGGAGCUCUGCCCUGCUCCCUGCUUAGGCUGAGGGGAUUGUGAAAAAACCUGGCACUUUUUCUGGUGGACCUUGCCACAUUUCUGAUCAGAGGUGUACACUAACGCUUCCCCCAAGCUCUUGGCCUUUGUGUUUAUUUAUACUGUGCCUUGCUCUGCACCCACCUGCCCCCUCAGGCAGGCCCCAGCAGCCCCCAGCAGGCCCAGGGAGGCAAGUGUGAGUGUGACUUUUAAAAUUGGAAACAUCAUCUGACCACUAAGUCGUGUGUGACCACACAUGUACAUGUGUGUAAAUAUGUACAUUUGUCUUUUUAUAAAAUGUUAAUUGUUUAUAAGUGGUGUGGCCUUUUACUUAGACAUAAAUUAUAGAUGAUUUUACUUUUUGUAGACACAUUCUGAUGGACUCAUUGUUGGCAUCCUGCCUGAGCUUGCCUUUGGGGUGAGCAGUGAUGUGCACCUAUUGUGGAAUCCUUUCAAUUAUGUUCAUGGAGAAGGUGGCAGGAGAAGGGACAGUCAUGGCACAGGCAUAUGCUCAUGUAAAUAUAGUCACUUGCCCAUGGCUUUAUAGCCAGAGCUAUGAGUUGAACUUGGGCUCCUGGGGAGUGUUAGGUUUUGAGUUCUUCUGAGGAAUGUGCCGUAGACUCAAAUGUCCUGCUAAAUUCAAAUGCAGGUGUACUCAGGUGCUACUCCAAAAAGUUAACAGUUGGCACAGCAUGGUCACUGGCAAUCAGAACAGACACCAGCCCCCAAAAGGUUCCCGCGACCUGCUGUGCCGCCAAGCAGUACUUGCUGUCCAUUUGCUGCAGUGACAGGAAUGUUCUCUCUCUGCAGUGUUCACUGCAGUAGGCAGCGGCACACCUACAUGUGCUAACCGAACACUUGAAAUGUGGCCAGUGCAGUGGAGGAACUGGAUUUUUUAAUUCUUUUUUUUUUGUCUGCGCCACGAGGCAUGCGGGAUCUUAAGUCUCCUGAUCAGGAAUGGAACCUGUGCCCCCCUGCAGUGGGAGUGUGGAGUCCUAACCACUGGACCACCAGGGAAGUCCCUGGAAUUUUAUUUAUUAAAAUUUUAAAAGUCAUAUGUGGCCAGUGGCUACCA